AUGGCACAGUUCGCACGGCAACGAAUGGUGUGUGAUUUCUUUGCGACUGCAAUCGAGGGUUUCUUCAACGACGAUUACGACCGCGACGGCAUAUCGCGGCACACACGACACGUUGAUCGCACAUGUCUGGCGCUCGCGAAAAUGGCAGUUGUUGCUGCAACUCACUUCAUCAAAGGGCUUCUCCUCUUUCUCCUCCCAACCCUGAGUUUCCUCUCGCUAAUCUCUUUCGCCACCUCCGAAAUUUUCUUCGAAGAGAAAUUCGAUGAUGACUGGAAAACCCGUUGGGUUAUAUCUGAUUGGAAGAGAGCUGAAGGGAAAGCUGGUCUGUUCAAACACACCGCUGGAAAAUGGGCUGCAGAUCCUAACGACAAAGGUAUACAAACAUAUAAUGAUGCAAAACAUUAUGCUGUAUCUUCGAAGAUACCAGAGUUUAGUAAUAGAGACAGAACCCUAGUGGUUCAGUAUUCUAUAAAGCUUGAACAAGACAUAGAAUGUGGUGGAGGUUAUAUUAAACUUCUAUCUGGUUAUGUAAAUCAGAAGAAAUUUGGUGGUGAUACUCCUUACAGCUUGAUGUUUGGACCAGAUAUAUGUGGCACACAGAAAAAAAGUCUCCAUGUUUUGUUUUCUUAUCAGGGACAGAAUUAUCCGAUAAAGAAGGAUAUACAAUGUGAAACUGACAAAUUAACACAUUUUUACACAUUUAUUUUAAGACCUGAUGCAACUUAUAGUGUUCUUGUUGAUAAUCGAGAAAGAGAAUCCGGAAGUUUAUAUACUGAUUGGGAUAUCUUUCCACCGAGGAAAAUUAAAGAUGUCCAUGCUAAGAGGCCAAAAAAUUGGGAUGAUAGAGAAUAUAUAGUUGAUCCCAAUGACGUAAAACCAGAGGGAUACGAUUCAAUUCCAGCUGAGAUCCCUGAUCCAAAGGCUAGAAAGCCUGCUGAUUGGGAUGACGAAGAUGAUGGUUUAUGGAAGGCAAAGAAGAUUCCAAAUCCAGCAUACAAAGGACCUUGGAAACCAAAAAAAAUCAAGAACCCUAACUAUAAGGGAAAAUGGAAAAUCCCAUGGAUUGACAACCCAGAGUUUGAAGACGACCCUGAUCUUUAUAUAUUGAAGCCGAUAAAGUAUGUUGGCAUUGAAGUUUGGCAGGUUAAGGCUGGUUCAGUGUUUGAUAAUAUUUUGAUUUGUGAUGACCCCCAAUACGCUAGAGAAGUUGUUGAAGAUAUUUGGGGCCAGAACCAGGAGAUUGAAAAGGAUGCAUUCGAGGAGGCAGAGAAGAUCAGAUUAGCUCAUGAAGAGAACUCUAAAGGAAAAGACAGUGCUGAAAAGAAGAGAAGGAGGCCGCCAAAACGGUAUGAUCCUGAUCAUUACAUGGAUGACUAUCAUGAUGAACUGUGAGACAGACCAUGUUUGGAGUCUCAUUAGAGAUGUUGUGUUGUGACAGAUCACUGAUUAUGAAUGUUUCCCAAGGUUGUAUAAUAAUUUACCUGUUUUAUUAUAAAAUUUGGUGUUGUAUUAUUUCAAAGCACAAUGAGAAAAAUUGUCAUCCCACUA